ACUUGAGGCUUUGAGCAGCACAUACACUUGCUUACAGUGAAGCAGUCAUUCCAUUGUUAUCGAGUCUCUUUUCCAAACGAUCUAGACUCAUCGUGUAGCCAUUACUUGUUCCAUCUUCCCAUCAGUGUCAAACUUUAACACAGGAAAAUGCAGUCACUUCAAAAUCAACAAAUUGCAGGAGGUAUUGUUCUAAAGAUACCUGAUCAACUUUCAUCUUUCAGUUUGGCUGAAUUAGCCCACAGAGAAUACCAGGCAGGUGAUUAUGAAAAUGCUGAACGUCACUGUAUGCAGCUGUGGCGUCAAGAUCCAACAAACACUGGAGUCCUUCUACUCCUAUCUUCAAUACACUUCCAAUGUAGACGCUACGACAAGUCUGCUCAAUUUUCUACAUAUGCAAUCAAGCAAAAUCCACUAUUAGCUGAAGCAUAUUCAAAUCUUGGAAAUGUUUUUAAAGAACGUGGUCAAUUGGCUGAAGCACUUGAUAAUUAUCGUCAUGCAGUUAGACUGAAGCCUGAUUUCAUAGAUGGUUAUAUUAAUCUGGCUGCUGCCUUAGUUGCUGCUGGAGAUAUGGAAGGAGCAGUCCAAGCAUAUGUCUCAGCAUUGCAGUAUAAUCCAGAUCUUUACUGUGUCCGUAGUGACCUAGGGAACUUGCUUAAAGCUCUUGGAAGAUUGGAUGAGGCCAAGGCUUGCUAUUUGAAAGCAAUUGAGACUCGGGGUGAUUUUGCAGUGGCGUGGUCCAAUCUUGGAUGUGUGUUUAACGCGCAAGGGGACAUUUGGCUAGCCAUUCAUCAUUUCGAAAAGGCUGUCACUUUGGACCCCAACUUUCUUGAUGCUUACAUAAACUUGGGCAAUGUUCUGAAAGAAGCUAGGAUUUUCGACAGGGCCGUUGCAGCAUACUUAAGGGCGCUAAAUCUUAGUCCUAACCAUGCCGUCGUUCACGGAAAUAUGGCCUGUGUGUACUACGAGCAGGGUCUUAUCGACCUUGCCAUUGAUACCUACCGACGAGCAAUUGAAUUGCAACCGCAUUUCCCGGACGCGUACUGUAACCUCGCUAAUGCUCUCAAGGAGAAAGGACAAGUACAGGAUGCCGAAGAUUGUUAUUCGACAGCUUUGCGUCUAUGUCCAGCUCACGCGGAUUCGCUAAAUAACCUAGCCAACAUCAAGCGGGAACAAGGAUUCAUUGAAGAAGCUACACGGCUUUAUCUUAAAGCUCUAGAUGUCUUUCCCGACUUCGCGGCAGCUCACAGUAAUCUCGCUUCCGUAUUACAACAACAAGGCAAACUGAACGAAGCCCUCAUGCACUACAAAGAAGCAAUACGGAUUCAACCGUCAUUUGCCGAUGCGUAUAGCAACAUGGGAAACACGCUCAAAGAAAUGCAGGAUAUCAAUGGUGCUCUUCAGUGUUACACACGAGCCAUUCAGAUCAACCCUGCCUUUGCCGAUGCUCAUUCAAAUUUGGCUUCCAUUCACAAGGACAGCGGACAAAUUCCAGAAGCAAUACAGUCCUACCGUACAGCUUUGAAACUAAAACCAGAUUUCCCCGAUGCCUAUUGCAACUUGGCCCACUGUUUGCAAAUUGUCUGUGAUUGGACCGAUUAUGAAACCCGAAUGAAACGGUUAAUCCAUAUUGUGGGAGAGCAACUCGAACGCAAUCGAUUGCCGUCAGUUCACCCGCAUCAUUCAAUGCUAUAUCCGCUCUCUCAUGAAUAUAGAAAAGCUAUAGCUGCUCGACAUGCAAAUCUCUGCGUCGAAAAGAUCCUAAUCCUUCAUAAGGCAAAUUUCAAAUAUCCCAAAGAACUUGCAACGAAUGGACGUUUGCGUAUCGGCUAUGUCUCCUCCGACUUCGGAAACCACCCAACAAGCCACUUAAUGCAAUCAGUUCCAGGAUUUCACGAACGCUCCCGUGUUGAAAUAUUUUGUUACUCUUUAAGUCCUGACGACGGAACAACUUUCCGGGCCAAAAUAGCGCGCGAAUCUGAACACUUUGUUGACCUAUCACAGAUAAUUUGCAAUGGCAAAGCAGCAGAUAGAAUAAAUGCUGACGGCAUCCAUAUUUUGGUGAACAUGAAUGGUUACACUAAAGGUGCUCGCAACGAAAUUUUCGCAAUGCGCCCGGCUCCAAUCCAAGUAAUGUGGCUCGGCUAUCCCGGCACGAGCGGGGCUUCCUACAUGGACUAUAUUAUUACGGAUCGAGUGACAUCGCCUCUUGAGCUUGCUUCUCAAUUUUCAGAAAAACUUGCUUACAUGCCAAAAACUUUCUUCGUUGGGGAUCAUCGACAAAUGUUUCCUCAUCUUAAAGAAAGACUGAUAAUAACGUCGUCGUCGGAUAAGGGUAAAGUAGCCGACAACGUGGCACUUGUGAAUGGCACCGAUCUCUCCCCAAUUCUUGAACGUACAGAAAUUAAAAAGGUAACAGAAGUUGUUACACCAACCACGACAACUGGAUUGGAUGCCCCUGUACAGGUCUCUUUAACUGUAGCUCAGCUGACCACAAUGGAUCCUAUCGAAACAAUGAUAGGUUCGGGGCAAGUUCAAACAUCAGUAAAUGGGGUUGUCGUUCAAAAUGGAUUAGCUACCAAUCAAGCGAACACUCGCGCAGCAACAGGCGAAGAAGUACCACAGUCAAUUGUUGUUACUACCCGUCAACAAUACGGGCUCCCUGACGACGCUAUCAUUUAUUGCAAUUUCAAUCAACUUUACAAGAUUGAUCCCCCUACCCUUCAAAUGUGGGUCAAUAUUCUGAAACGUGUGCCAAAUGCUGUUUUGUGGCUCUUGCGUUUCCCAACGGUUGGAGAAACGAAUAUGCUAGCAACUUCACAAGCUCUUGGUCUCGGUAGCGGGCGCAUUUUAUUUUCCAACGUUGCUGCCAAAGAAGAGCAUGUUCGUCGUGGUCAGCUUGCUGACAUUUGUUUGGACACUCCUCUUUGCAAUGGGCACACUACAGGCAUGGACGUCUUGUGGGCCGGCACACCAAUGGUGACUCUUCCUGGCGAGACUCUUGCUUCUCGCGUUGCCGCUUCCCAGCUCACCACUAUCGGUUGUCCGGAACUUAUCGCUUCGAGCCCUCAGGAAUAUGAAGAUAUUGCAGUAAAACUUGGAACUGAUUCGGAGUAUUUGAAAGCCAUUAGAGCUAAGGUAUGGAUUCGUCGUUCGGAUAGUCCGUUGUUCAACUGCCAAAUCUACGCUCAUGAUAUGGAACGUCUUUUUGCUCGAAUGUGGCAACGCCAUGCGUCAGGAGAGAAGCCUAAUCACAUAACACAAUGGGAUGAUGCAGAAUAAAGUUGGUCAAGACAGUACUUAAAGUUCACAAUUUAGGAUAGGAAUCGCUAGAUUCUUUUUGUAGUAGUCUUUUUAUGCAGCUUAUUUUUUGCAAAUUUUCUUCAACAUGAAAGUUUUCUACUACUUUCUAAAUGUUUACUUUUUGGUUUAAUAUGAAACCAAAUAAAUGAAUAAACAAAUAAAAUAACGAAAGCCAACACGAAGAAUAUUUUUGCGCGAUACCCAUACAAUAUCAUUUGGAAAUUUUUGUCUCUUCUUUUAUUUACUGCGUGUUGCAAUAAACGAAUUUCAACACCGA